UUAGCUUUGGCGGUGACAGCGGUGCAACUGUUGCACAGCGGAUCUUGAAAUUACCCAACUCCGUGAUUCCUGAUGUCAGAGUAAAAAUGUUGUUCAGUCCGACGGGUUUAAGUGAAUGUUUGCGCGAAUGGGAGGAUUUAGAGAAGGGCUACCAACAAAUCCAGGACACCCAUCGUCUAUAUAAACAGAAACUUGAGGAAGUGACCAAACUGCAAGACAAAUGCUCCAGUGAGAUCACACGUCAGAGGAAGAAACUGAAAGAGCUCAGUGUGUCACUAAAAGAAUGCAAAAACAGCCAUCCAGCACCCAAGUUAAGUCUAGAGGAUGUGGAUGCCAUCACUGAAAUUGAGGACUCCAUCAACGACAGAUCAAAUGCUUUCUCUGAGAUGGAAGCUUUUCUGCCAAAGAAGAACGGGUUGUACCUCACUCUUGUUUUAGGAAACGUCAAUGUAACACUCCUCAACAAACAGUCCAAAUUUGCCUACAAAGAUGAAUAUGAGAAAUUCAAACUGGCCCUCACAGUCAUCCUCUUCGUCUUCUCCUUCACGUGUCGCUUUUUGUUCAGCUACAGAGCCCUUGAUGCCCUGUUCAACUUCCUGUUGGUGUGGUACUAUUGCACACUCACCAUCCGGGAGAGUAUCCUCAUCACCAACGGCUCGAGGAUCAAAGGUUGGUGGGUUUUCCAUCACUAUGUGUCAACCUUCCUGUCUGGAGUCAUGCUCACUUGGCCUGAAGGUGCUCUCUACCAGAUGUUUAGGAACCAAUUCCUAACAUACUGUCUAUACCAAAUAGGCUUUGUCCAGUUUCUCCAGUACUACUACCAGAGUGGCUGUUUGUACAGACUCAGAGCACUGGGAGAAAGACAUAACAUGGACCUUACAGUUGAGGGUUUCCAGUCCUGGAUGUGGAGAGGCUUGACCUUCCUCCUACCUUUCUUGUUCUUUGGUCACUUCUGGCAGCUUUACAACAGCAUAACACUCUUCAGGAUGUUCCAACUCCCAGAGUGUAAAGAGUGGCAGGUUGCCAUGUGCGGCUGUUCUUACAUGGUGCUCUUCAUGGGAAACUUCUUCACCACGCUGGGAGUGGUUUACCAGAAAUACAUGAACAAUCAGGAAAAAUCCAAGACCUUAUAAAACUGGAAUAAUCUGUUUAUGGAACAUAAAAUGUGAAAAGUUAACAUAGCUCUAAUAUUCUCUUUAGAGCUCUUAAUCAAUGUUGUCCUUGUGGACCAUUUACAUGCACUGCUGCUUUUAUCAAUGUCCUUUUCAUUUCAUGUUCUUUUGAUUUCAUUUUUCAUGUAAAUGAUGUUUGAUUAGGCCAAAGACAUUAGAUUAGACACAUUGGUCAAAAAAAUCAACUCCAGCAGGUCUCACUAAAGUGUCAGGUUGUUUUACUAGGAUUGGCUGUUUUGGUAAGAGUCAUAAAACUUUGAUAAGGAAGUGUUACUGAAUUUAGAUAACAAUGUUAUUUGCAUUAUAUUUAUGUAGGGAACUCUACAGUUUGUCACUCAGCAGCUGCUAUGUAUUUUAGCCUUACAGAAAGUGCUCAAUAAAACACUCCAAAUCCCCA